AUGGCACAGCCCUUUGUGUUGACCUCUCCGGGCCAAAGCCAAAGCCCCGACAGGCAGCCGCACGACCUCAGUAUCGACAUCUACAGCCGGACGCUGUUCUGGACGUGCGAGGCCACCAACACCAUCAAUGUCCACAGGCUGGAUGGCGACGCCGUGGGCGUGGUGCUGCGAGGGGACCGUGACAAGCCGAGGGCCAUCGCUGUCAAUGCUGAGCGAGGGUACCUGUACUUCACCAACAUGCAGGAUCGUGCAGCCAAGAUUGAGCGCGCAGCCCUGGAUGGCACGGAGCGCGAGGUCCUCUUCACCGCAGGCCUCAUCCGCCCUGUGGCCCUUGUGGUGGACAACACACUAGGCAAGCUCUUCUGGGUGGAUGCAGACCUGAAGCGCAUUGAAAGCUGUGACCUGUCAGGGGCCAACCGCCUGACCCUGGAGGACGCGAACAUCGUGCAGCCCGUGGGCCUGGCUGUGCUCGGCAGGCACCUCUACUGGAUUGACCGCCAGCAGCAGAUGAUCGAGCGUGUGGAGAAGACCACCGGGGGCAAGCGGACUCGUGUCCAGGGCCGUGUCGCCCACCUCACGGGCAUCCAUGCUGUGGAGGAAGUCAGCCUGGAGGAGUUCUCAGCCCACCCGUGUGCCCGAGACAAUGGCGGCUGCUCCCACAUCUGCAUUGCAAAGGGCGAUGGGACGCCACGGUGCUCCUGCCCAGUCCACCUUGUGCUCCUGCAGAACCUGCUGACUUGUGGCGAGCCUCCCACCUGCUCCCCGGACCAGUUUGCGUGUGCUACCGGGGAAAUUGAUUGCAUCCCUGGGGCCUGGCGCUGUGACGGCUUCCCUGAGUGCGAUGACCAGAGCGACGAGGAGGGCUGCCCGGUGUGCUCAGCAGCCCAGUUCCCCUGUGCACGUGGCCAGUGUGUGGACUUGCGUCUGCGCUGUGACGGUGAGGCUGACUGCCAGGACCGCUCCGACGAAGCCGACUGUGAUGCUGUCUGCCUACCUAACCAGUUCCGGUGUGCCAGUGGCCAGUGCAUCCUCAUCAAGCAGCAAUGUGACUCCUUCCCCGACUGUGUGGAUGGCUCUGAUGAGCUCACUUGUGAAAUCACCAAGCCGCCCUCUGACGACAGUCCAGCCCACAGCAGUGCCAUUGGGCCAGUCAUCGGUAUCAUCCUCUCGCUCUUUGUCAUGGGCGGGGUCUAUUUCGUCUGCCAGCGUGUGGUGUGCCAGCGCUACACAGGGGCCAGUGGACCCUUUCCACAUGAGUAUGUCAGCGGGACCCCCCAUGUGCCCCUCAAUUUCAUAGCUCCGGGCGGCUCACAGCAUGGUCCCUUCACAGGCAUCUCCUGCAGUAAAUCCAUGAUGAGCUCUGUGAGCCUGGUGGGGGGCCGGGGCGGCGUGCCCCUCUAUGACAGGAACCACGUCACCGGGGCCUCGUCCAGCAGCUCGUCCAGCACAAAAGCCACACUGUACCCGCCGGAAUCUGGCCGCUCGCCAGAUGGGGAACUGAGCAGCCGGGCUGUUCACAGCCUUGGAGGCUGCAGAGUGGACGGCGGCCUGCACUGUGACCCGGCUGCCUACGCAGCCCUGGGCCUGGGAGGGGCUGAGGAGGUGCUGCUGUUGGCCCGGCGGACAGACCUGCGGAGGAUUUCUCUGGACACACCAGACUUCACUGAUAUUGUGCUGCAGGUGGACGACAUCCGGCAUGCCAUUGCCAUCGACUAUGACCCCCUAGAGGGGUAUGUGUACUGGACAGAUGACGAGGUGCGGGCUAUCCGCAGGGCAUACCUGGAUGGGUCAGGGGCGCAGACACUGGUCAAUACCGAGAUCAACGACCCAGACGGCAUCGCGGUGGACUGGGUGGCCCGCAACCUCUAUUGGACCGACACAGGCACCGACCGCAUUGAGGUGACACGCCUCAACGGCACCUCUCGCAAGAUCCUCGUGUCUGAGGACCUGGACGAGCCCCGAGCCAUCGUGCUGCACCCUGUGAUGGGCCUCAUGUACUGGACAGACUGGGGAGAGAAUCCCAAAAUCGAGUGUGCCAACCUGGACGGGCGAGAGCGGCAUGUCCUGGUGAACACGUCCCUCGGAUGGCCCAACGGCCUGGCCCUGGACCUGCAGGAGGGCAAGCUGUACUGGGGGGACGCCAAGACAGACAAAAUUGAGGUGAUCAAUGUGGACGGGACUAAGAGGCGGACCCUGCUGGAGGACAAGCUCCCACACAUUUUUGGGUUCACGUUGCUGGGGGACUUCAUCUACUGGACGGACUGGCAGCGGCGCAGCAUUGAGCGGGUGCACAAGGUCAAGGCCAGCCGGGAUGUCAUCAUCGACCAGCUUCCCGACCUGAUGGGGCUCAAAGCUGUGAACGUGGCCAAGGUCUUUGGAACCAACCCGUGCGCAGAUGGGAACGGGGGGUGCAGCCACCUGUGCUUCUUCACGCCCCAUGCCACCAAGUGCAGCUGCCCCAUCGGCCUGGAGCUGCUGAGUGACAUGAAGACCUGCAUUGUCCCUGAGGCCUUCCUGGUGUUCACCAGCAGAGCGGCCAUCCAUAGGGUCUCCCUGGACACCACCAACAACGAUGUGGCCAUCCCACUCACAGGUGUCAAGGAGGCCUCCGCGCUGGACUUCGACGUGUCCAGCAACCACAUCUACUGGACGGACGUCAGCCUGAAGACCAUCAGCCGAGCCUUCAUGAAUGGGAGCUCAGUGGAACACGUGAUCGAGUUUGGCCUUGACUACCCUGAAGGCAUGGCCGUUGACUGGAUGGGCAAGAACCUGUACUGGGCUGACACUGGGACCAACAGGAUUGAGGUGGCCCGGCUGGAUGGGCAGUUCCGGCAGGCUGUAUGGAGGGACUUGGACAACCCGAGGUCGCUGGCCCUGGAUCCCACCAAAGGUUACAUCUACUGGACCGAGUGGGGUGGCAAGCCAAGGAUUGUGCGGGCCUUCAUGGACGGAACCAACUGUAUGACGCUGGUGGACAAAGUGGGCCGGGCCAAUGACCUUACUAUUGACUACACUGACCAGCGCCUCUACUGGACUGACCUGGACACCAACAUGAUCGAGUCGUCCAACAUGCUGGGUCAAGACCGGAUCGUGAUCGCUGAUGACCUCCCGCACCCCUUCGGCCUGACACAGUACAGCGAUUACAUCUAUUGGACCGACUGGACUCUGCACAGCAUCGAGCGGGCUGACAAGACCAACGGCCGGAACCGCACUCUCAUCCAGGGCCACCUGGACUUCGUGAUGGACAUCCUGGUGUUCCACUCCUCCCGCCAGGAUGGCCUCAAUGACUGCAUGCACAGCAAUGGCCAGUGCGGGCAGCUGUGCCUUGCCAUCCCAGGAGGCCACCGCUGCGGCUGUGCUUCACACUACACUCUGGACCCCAGUAGUCGCAACUGCAGCCCACCCUCUACCUUCUUGCUGUUCAGCCAGAAAUGUGCAAUCAGCCGCAUGAUCCCUGAUGACCAGCACAGCCCAGACCUCAUCCUUCCCCUGCAUGGGCUGAGGAACGUCAAGGCCAUCGACUACGACCCACUGGACAAGUUCAUCUACUGGGUGGAUGGGCGUCAGAACAUCAAGCGAGCCAAGGAUGAUGGGACCCAGGCAGGUGCACCUGUGGGAAGGCUGUGGCGAAGCUUCCGGCCUGAGCUUACCCUGGCGGCUUCCAGGCCGCCACCCCGUUUUCUGAGCGGGGAGGGGGACCACUGAGCAGGAUUUGGGGUAAACAGUGAUGCAGACU